GAAUUGAAUGUUUACGUUAUUAACUGAUUAUUAAAUUGAUUUUACAAAUAAUAAUAAUAUGUUAUUAUAUUAAUAAUGAAUGGUAUGUUUGAUGAUAUCUGUGCUAACAAUUAUCUUCAGUCAACUGGUCAUUGUUUAUCACCACAACUGAACCCAAAUACUAAUAGUUUUGUCGACACAUUAUUGUGCGGACAACAGCUGGCAUACGAGGCUUAUGUAGACAAAGCACUGGUAGCCCAACAACAAGUAAAACAAGUAAAUGGCUUACCAUUGAUGGUAUCAAACAAUAGUGACUUUGAUUAUCACAACAACAACAAUAACAUCAAUGGACACAAUCAACUAAAUCAAGACUAUUUUUUCGGUGACCAACAACAACAAGAUUGGAAUCAAUUGGUGACGACAUCAUCGUAUGAGACAUCAAACAAUAACCACAACAACAACAACUUCAACGCCGAUAUCACAACAAAUUACAAGACUUUAAGUACUAAUAGUAGUAGUAAUCAAAAGCCGAAACAAAAGUCGUCCGCAACUAAUAAGUGGACAAAAGCCAAGACUACUGGUGUCGCCGCCGCCGCCGGUGCCAGAAAAGAGUCGACACCACAGUCGUCGUCAUCGUCAUCAGCAUCGCUAAGACCGCCGAAACCGGUCAGCGCUUACGCCUUAUUCUUCAGAGACGCCCAAAGUUUGAUUAAGUCGACCAAUCCGUCGGCUUCUUUCGGCGAAAUAUCGCAAGUUGUGGCCAAAAAUUGGGAAGCAUUAGACAAACGGGAAAAAAACGUUUACAAACAGCGGGCGGAUCUCGAAAAGAAAAACUAUUUGAAAACAUUGGCCUCGAGUCGGGCCCAACAGAUUGCCGGACUUCUAGCCGGAUCGGUUGCGGCCAAACUUAGCGGCGGCGUCGGUAGCAAUACAGUUGAAAAUAAACCAAAGAACAGCCAAAGAACGACAACAACAACAUCAACAACGAUGAUGACCACCACAGCUGUUCCCGAUCAGUCCACUGAUGCUAACAGUCAGCAGCUGAUGAUGAAUGACCAACAAAAUCAUCAGCUAUUUGAUGGCAGCCAACAACAAGUAUGUGACAGUACGUCCAAUAGCGGCGGCAACAACAUAUCGGCCGAUAAUUGCGGACAUUUGCAGCAAAAUUUAGUGAUGUCGUCGUCAUCGUCGUCGACUACGGCAUCGCCGCAGCCGUCUAUUGAUCCGAUGGCCGCCGUCGCCGCUCCCAAUCAGCACUGCAUUCGUCAGGGAUGUACUAACGAUGCCAUCGAUUCGCACGAAUGGGAUUCAGAGUAUUGUUCAUCCGAGUGCUGUGUCCGCCACUGUGCCGACGUAUUCAACGAUUGGGUCCAAAAACAACAGUUUACUCAACAAUAAUAAUAAUAA